AUGGAGAGUGAUCCUGCCUCUGCUAAGCGCAACUCGUCGAGUCCGUUAAGCACGAGAACGACAUUUGAUACUACACCUCAAACGCCAGAAGAAUCUGAAGCUGCCCGGCUGUACGACUACCAUCUCAGUCUUCUAAGGCCGAGCUCCACCCAGCAAGGACUCCAGGAGGUCACGAUAGCACCAAUAUUUACCAUGCCCGUUCUCAUGCAUGCCGAAGCCGCUGUCAACAAGCGUUCUUCUCCGGCAUUCCCACAGUACGGCUUACUAGCUGGUAAAGUCGACGCCGUACGACAAGAUUCGGGAGGUAACGGGCCAGGUCACCCAUCUAGCCAAGACCCUCGUAUCUUCUUCAACAUCGCAGCUCCAUCGAGCACAUUUAUUUGCGGCUUUCAAGGUUCCGGGAAGAGCCAUACCCUCUCGUGCUUGCUAGAGAAUUGCUUGAUUCCCUCCAAUGCCAACAGACUCCCACACCCCUCACGGGCCUUGUUUUCCAUUACGACACAGUACGUAUCAUGCGUUAGCAACAUCAAAGUUGAACCGCUGCGGAUUAGCGAAGGCGACCUAAACACCAAGCGCAUGCUCGACUUGAUGGCUGUGAGCCGUGACGAUGGACCGAUGCCACUGUACUUGCACGCCGUCUAUCGCAUCCUGCGAGAGAUGCGCAUAGAACAGCAGGAAAUGGGAACGGCAUUUAACUACGCCAGUUUCAAGGAGCGCCUUGCACAGACAGCGAUGACUCCAGCUCAGCUUGGCCCACUCCACCAGCGGCUUGAGACUCUGGAAAGCUUCAUGCCAACACGCAGAUAG